AUACAGUACUUUUAUGGUCGGUUACAACCAUGACGCUGUAACAUUUUCCCAAUUCUUUCUUCUCCUUAAAAAUAUAAAACAAAAAAUUACUAAUAAAUUUUUUUCAUUGGAAAAUGUUUCUAACCUCACAGCCCCACCUGAGUCAGCACGUGCUCCAUCAUAGACCUUGUCAUGUGACCUUCUUCUCUCUCCCUCUCUCUCUCUCUCUUCCCUUUUUCCAUUGCUUCUCUUCUAACACUCUCUCUCUCUCUCUCUCUCUCUCUCUCUCUCUCUCUCUCUCCUGUUUCCGCCGCUGCAACAAGCAACUAUAGAAGCAGUGACUCAGUCACUUGCAACAUGGGGAACUAAAACAAAACCAUUCAUCAUUCAUUUACUCUUCUUUUACUCUUUCAACCCUUUUUCUUUUUCUAUGUACAAACCAAACCCUUUCAUUAUUAUAAUCUGUCAUUUCUAUGGGUUGCUUUCACUCCAAAACCGCUCAUCUUCACUCCCCUGAAGACCCUCCUACUGAUUUACCCGACUCAAACAAACCCGAUCCAGGUGAUGAUGGAGGGGAUGGUGAUCAAGAAAGUCAGGUUCCAGCAUUCAAAGAGUAUGGUCUGAAUGAACUCAGAAGGGCCACACAUGAGUUUAGCACUGGUUACAUUGUCUCUGAAAGUGGUGAGAAAGCUCCUAAUUUGGUUUACAGAGGGAAGCUUGAGAAUAAUCGAUUAGUUGCUGUUAAACGCUUCUCCAAACAGUCUUGGCCUGAUGCUCAACAGUUUCUGGCAGAGGCAGCUGGAGUUGGGAAAGUGAGGCACAAAAGACUGGUGAAUCUAAUUGGGUGUUGUGCUGAAGGAGAUGAAAGGCUCUUGGUAGCUGAGUACAUGCCAAAUGAUACUUUGUCCAAACAUCUCUUUCAUUGGGACAAGCAACCGUUACCGUGGGAAAUGCGUGUUAGAGUUGCGUAUCAUGUUGCACAGGCGCUAGAUCAUUGUAGCAUGGAAAACCGGAAAAUAUAUCAUGAUCUGAAUGCUUAUAGGAUUCUUUUUGAUGAGGAUGGUGAUCCCCGUUUAUCAAGUUUCGGGCUUAUGAAAAAUAGUCGAGAUGGGAAAAGCUACAGUACUAAUCUGGCCUAUACUCCACCUGAAUUUUUGCGAACAGGUAGGAUAAUAGCAGAAAGUGUGAUCUACAGCUACGGUACUGUCCUACUGGAUCUUUUGAGCGGCAAGCAUAUUCCCCCAAGCCAUGCUUUGGACCUAAUUAGAGGGAAAAAUGCGUUGUUGUUGAUGGACUCAUCCUUAGAAGGGCAAUAUGCAAAUGAUGAUGCUACAAAGUUGGUUGAGCUUGCGUCAAAAUGUCUUCAGUUUGAGGCCAGAGAAAGACCUGAUACUAAGUUUCUUCUCACUGCCGUUACACCUCUUCAAAAGCAGAAAGAGGUAGCAUCUCAUGUGUUAAUGGGCCUUACUAAAACAGCGGCAGUGCUACCGCUACCAACUAUGCUUUCUCCUCUUGGAAAGGCUUGUGCAAGGAUGGAUCUUACUGCUAUUCAUGAUAUAUUGUUAAAAACAGGUUAUAAAGAUGAAGAAGGCGCCGAAAACGAGCUUUCAUUUCAAGAGUGGACACAACAAGUGCAAGACAUCUUAAACACAAAAAAGUUCGGCGAUAUUGCAUUUAGAGACAAGGAUUUCAAGAAUGCAAUUGAGUAUUAUUCCAAGUUGGUGGUUAUGAUGUCUGUUCCCUCCGCGACCGUCUUUGCAAGGAGAGCCUUCUCCUACCUGAUGAACGAACAGGCGGAACUUGCAUUAAGAGACGCAAUGCAGGCGCAGGUAUGCAUACCUGAUUGGCCAACUGCAUUCUACCUACAAGCUCUUGCUCUCUCAAAGCUGGGAAUGGAAACCGACGCACAGGACAUGCUUAACGACGGAGCAGCCUUCGAAGCAAAGAGAUCUAACAGCUGGCGCAAUUAAGAUUGUAGUAAUUUGCAGAUUGGCAUCAGAAAAUAUAUAUAUCCUAUUUUUGCUAUAUAAGUUGUACUUGCUAGAAUAGAGUUAUGUGAGAGUGCUAGUUUAGGGUGCAAGAAAAAGAGUUAUCUUGGUAUAAAAUGUUUUCAAGGGAUAAUAUAGUAGCAUAAGUUUUGUCACAAAAAUGAUUCCUAUCCAGUAGAAUGAAUUUUCUUCAUAUGAAAAUAAGUUUUGGGUUC